CUCAAGAUUAAGAUUCAAGAUCACUACUCAACCCUCCAAGAUGACACUGAGCAGAGUUAACCAACACCUUAGUGCAUUUCCGGCAGCCAAGACUACUCUGGCAGGUUACUUGCCUGAUCCAGCUUCCAUCAACAAGCUCCAAAUCCAAUCUCCUUCCAAGAAAUCUGAAAAAGUUAAGGGAAAAUCGUUUCUCCGAAGCAAUAGCUUCACAAAUGGAGCUAAGGAUCAAAGCAAGUUAGGACCAAAGCUAACUGAAACAGUCAAGAGAAAGCUAUCCCUAGGAGCUAAGAUCAUUCAAAUGGGAGGCUUAGAGAAGAUCUACAAGCGGCUCUUUAAAGUCUACGAUGAAGAGAAACUCUUUAAGGCAUACCAAUGUUACCUAUCAACAACGGCAGGUCCCAUCGCAGGCUUACUCUUCAUCUCAUCGAAGAAGAUUGCUUUCUGCAGCGAGAGAUCAAUCAAAGUGGCUUCUCCUCAAGGAGAUCUCACUAGAGUUCACUACAAAGUGUCAAUCCCUCUGUGCAAGAUCAAGGGAGUGAACCAGAGUCUGAACACAGAGAAACCAUCUCAGAAGUACCUUGAAGUAGUCACUGUCGAUGAUUUUGACUUCUGGUUCAUGGGAUUCACUAGCUACCAGAAAGCUUUCAACUGUCUCGAGCAGGCGCUAAACAAUCAUGAGCAAUAAUUAGGAUAGAACCUAGAAAGAGACAAGACAUUACAUUGUACAAACACAUUGUGUUCAAUUCAGUGGUGAAUGUAUAUUUAGCU